AUGUGUGACAAAUGCCAAAGUGUUGGUAAUCUUUCCAAACGUAAUGAGACGCCCUUGCAAAGCAUUCUCAUAGUAGAAUUGGUCGAUAUAUGGGGCAUCGACUUUAUGGGACCAUUUCCAUCCUCCUGUGGUUAUCAAUAUAUUCUUAUAGUUGCAGAGUAUGUUUCUAAAUGGGUAGAGGCAGUGGCAUCACCAACAAAUGAUCACAAGGUUGUCCUAUGGUUUCUCCAAGGCACUAUCUUCCCAAGGUUUGGCACGCCUGGAGCUUUGAUUAGUGAUUGGGGCCCUCACUUCAUCAACAAGCCUUUGAAGGCACUCUUAGCUAAAUACAACAUCACACAUAGGGUGGCCACUCCUUAUCACCCACAAACAAGUGGGCAAGUGGAGGGGUCUAACCGUGAAAUCAAAUGCAUCCUAGAGAAGACGGUGAAUGCUUCUAGGAAGGAUUGGUCCCUCAAGUUGAAUGACGUAUUGUGGGCGUAUCAGACAGCUUUCAAGACCCCAAUUGGCAUGUCUUCUUUUCGUUUAGUCUAUGGCAAGGCUUGUCAUCUUCUGGUGGAACUAGAACACAAGGCUUUUUGGGCAAUCAAGAAACUUAAUUAUGAUUAUCAAGCUGCUGGAGAAAAGAGGAAGUUACAGCUCCAUGAAUUGGAAGAAAUAAGGAAUGAUGCAUAUGAAAACUCCAAAAUUUACAAGGAGAAGACGAAGUUGUUUCAUGAUGAGUCCAUACUACGUAAAGAGUUUCAUCCUGGUCAGAAGGUUUUACUAUUUAACUCAAGGCUAAAACUCUUCCCUGGCAAGCUUAGGUCAUGA